AUGGCGUCCUGCAGAACUGGGCGGCUUCCGAUGCCGGAUGACCCGCUUUUCAAUCCGACUUAUAUGGGCGGCCUCCGCUCGAGUGCGCGUAUUGCUGGAGUUGGUUUGCUUGCUGUUAUUUGGAUCAUGUAUCAGAAGCUUCAGCACUCGCACCACUAUGUCACUUACAAGGGUCCCGACAAUCCGUUUGCCCGUAUUCGCCAUCGUCGUUACCCUGGUGGUGGUUUCGCUUUUGGUUGGGGUAACAACGGUCUGAAUCGUGAUUGUGGUCUGAAGGAGUGGGAGUGCUGGGCAGGCUACACCGGAAAAGAGUAUACGUAUUAG